CAUAACCAUGAUAAGAGAACUACUACAGGUAAAUUGUAAAGCUAUGGGUAGUAAAUAAUUAUUGUUAUUAAUUAUUCGUUUCUUUAUUACUUACAGGUACAACUUUUAUAACCAGUUCAAACAAACCAAAUGAAAAUUACAAAUUUAGCUCUUCUGUAAACAUUAUUCCUCCAGUUAUCACAAGAAGUCGCUGAAAAAUAUGAAGUACCAAACGAAACUAACCAUUCCAAGACGUCUGUAAAUAUUAUUCCCCAGUUAUGACAGAAAUCGAUGAAGCAAACGAAGUACAAAGCAAUUCCUGGUCUUCUGUAAAUCUUCUUACUCCAGUUAACCCACAAGUCGGAGGAACAUUUGAAGAUUCAAAUGAAUUUAACGAAAUGUUAAAUAAGAAUCUUAUACCAAAUAAGAGCCUAAUUUGUUGUGGUGCUUGUGAGUUUGAAUGUUCGAACGGUUGCGUCAGUAUCUCGUGCAAUAUGUUUGUUCAUACAGACUGUUGUGCUCAAAUUAACGAAAAUAAUAAAAAUGAUUUAAGGUGCCUAAUAUGUUGCCGAAAGAAAUCUAUUAUCGAAAAUAGAUUUCAAGCAAAAGAUGGUUUGCUUCAACAAGCAAAAAAAAUGAAACUAAAUUCCAAUAAGUUAUUACCGACUGCAAAAAUUGGUGAUACUGUUAGAUUACCUGUCCCCGAUCUUGAUAGAGGACGAGCUGAUGCAAGGAAUACAUUAGGCGUUGUUACGACAGUUGAAGAUAACAACAUGUAUUACAAAAUCGGGACAGAAAAGGGCACAUUACCACAGUUAUUUACAAGAAAUCAGUUCAGUGUAUGUCUGGCUCCCCUUAUUGCUACCGAAAAAGUUUCAGUUGUUGAAAAAUCUCUUCGUGAGAUUGCAGCGACUUCAUCUCUAUGUGGUGGUCAAGGAUACAAAAGAUGCUCGUGCAAAACCAAAUGUGGUUCAAAAAAGUGCUACUGUAAGGCAGCUAAUAUUUUAUGCAACUCUAAGUGUCACGGAAGUUUGUCAUGUUUGAAUAAAUAGCAGGUAUUUUUUAUACAAUUGGCAA